CCCCCCCAGCCCCCCCACGCCCUGCGCCUCAACAACAACAACCUGGGGGAUCUGGGGGGGCUGACCCCCACCUUGGAGAAGCUCCUGGUGCCCCCCACGCAGCUCCGUUGGCUUGACCUCUCCUUCAACUGCUUGACCACCAUCGACCCGGUCCUCACCACCCUCCGUGCCCUACGGAGCCUCCAGCUCCACGGCAACGACAUCAGGAGCUUGGCCGAGGUGGACAAAUUGGGGGUCCUGCCCCAUCUCCGUCGCCUCACCCUACACGGGAACCCCAUGGAGGAGCAGAGGGGCUACAGGAGCUACGUGCUGUCCCUCCUGCCCCAUCUCACCACCUUGGACUUCAGUGGGGUGACCAAGCAGGAGCUGGAGGACGUUGCCAUCACCACCACCACCAGGCUCCGGCACGGCAAGAAGAAACGGGGGGGUCCAGAACACUGAGCCCCCCCUUCCCCCAAAAGCUUCAAAAUGAAGUAGGUGGAAAGGGAGGACAUGGUGGCAACCUGAAACCCCCCCUAGAUGCCACCACCAGCCCCCAAAAUCUGCCCUGACCCACCCACGAGUGGGGGUUGGUGCCUCCUGGCCCCCCCCCCAUCACCACCCCCUUAUGACUCCCUGCCCCUCCUCACCCGGGGGG